AUGUCCGAACCCGCCUUCCGCCCCGACCCCACCUCCCCCUCCGACUGCGCCGAGAACCACCGGCGCAUGCUCGCCGGCGAGCUAUACUACUGCUGGACGCCUGACCUAGUGCAAGGAAGAGCGCGAUGCAAGAGCGCGAUGCUCAAGUAUAACACGGAGGCGGCGGACGGGGAGACGAGCAGGAGGAGGGUGGCUGAGUUGUUGAUGGAUCUGCUACAAGACCCAACGCCUUUGCCUCCCAAACUCUCCGACCCUGAGCAAGACGCCGCCCAAUUCGACGACUUCCCCUACAUCGACACGCCUGUCAAGAUGGACUACGGCAGCAACGUCAAGCUGGGCAAGGGGGUGUACAUGAACUCCUCCUGCACUUUGCUCGACGUGUGUCCCAUCACCAUCGGGGCGCGCACGCUCAUCGGCCCAAAUGUCAACUUUUACUCUGCCACGCACCCUAUUGACCCUGUUAUCCGGAACGGGAUGAGGGGCCCGGAGCUGGGGAAGCCGAUUGCUGUUGGGGAGGAUUGUUGGUUUGGCGGGAGUGUGGUGGUGUUGCCGGGUGUGACGAUUGGGAGGGGGGUGGUGGUGGGCGCGGGCAGUGUGGUGACGAAGGAUGUGGAGGACUUUGUGGUUGUUGCUGGGAAUCCGGCGAGGGUGGUGAAGAGGUUGGAUGUGGAGAGGGAGAAGUAUGAGGCGAUGGUGAGGGAGAAUAAGGAGAGGGGGCAUUGA